UUGUUUGUCGUGCUGCAUGUGUGGCAGUUACUUAAUGAUGUGUUUGCUGCUCUAAAUUAAGUCUGGGCUCUCAGGAGUAAUUGCAGUACCUUCACUUAAUGAAGUAAUACUCACUUGCUACAGUUAGUAUACAUAACACAUAGCCUUGUGCAACCUGGAAACCUAGUAUAUACCUGCAGAGAUAAUUCUCCGUUCCGGUCCUAAUUUUAGGAGGCUAAUCCGGGGUAAGUAUUAAGUCCCAACUGGUAUUUUGGGAGGGAAGUCCCCUCAACCGCCUGCAUGCGGUUAGACAAGCAACGAAAAAAACCCAUGCGGGGCAAAGGCCUGACGGAGUGAGUCGCUGCCCGGCCGCUACCGCCCCGCCCCGCCAACCGGGUGGCAGGGGCCGACAGGAGCGGGGGGCGGCGGCCCGGGCACGGUGUCCUGCCCCCGGUCCCGGCCCCAGCCGGAAGUGCGGGCCAGACGCGGUCCCCGAGCGGCGGCGCGGCCUAACGGAGAAGCCUCCACUCCGACGGACUCCGCUGCACGCCAUGCUCUUCCGUUUCGGCGUGGUGCUGCCGGCCCGGAUGACGGAGGGCGGCGGCGUGCUCCUGGUGGCCGGUUCCCGGCCGGAGCUGGGCCAGUGGGACCCGCAGCGCGCCGUGCCCAUGAAACCGGCGCGGCCGACCGCCCCGCUGCCGGCCCAGGAGCCCGCGCUGUGGCUGGCGGAGGUGGUGCUGCCGGACGAGGACGCCUCCAGCCCCUUCUGGUACAAGUUCCUCCGGCGGCAGGGCGGCGACCUCCUCUGGGAAGGUAAUGGGCCCCAUCAUGAUCGAAGUUGUGUUUACAACCAGAGCAACAUAGUAGAUGGAGUUUACUGCCUCCCAAUAGCACACUGGAUUGAAGUCUCUGGACAUACUGAUGAGAUGAAACAUACAACCGACUUCUAUUUUAAUAUUGCAGGACAUCAAGCUAUCCAUUACUCCAGGAUUCUGCCAAACAUCUGGCUGGGAAGUUGCCCUCGGCAGCUGGAGCAUGUCACGGUCAAGUUGAAGCACGAGCUGGGUGUUACAGCUGUGAUGAACUUCCAGACUGAAUGGGACAUUGUACAGAAUUCCUGGGGCUGCAACCGCUACCCGGAACCCAUGAGCCCUGAAAUCCUCAUGAAACUGUAUAAAGAGGAAGGUCUGGCCUAUGUCUGGAUGCCAACCCCAGACAUGAGCACUGAAGGAAGAAUACAGAUGUUGCCACAAGCUGUCUGCCUCUUGCACGGGCUACUGGAGAAUGGACACACUGUCUACGUUCAUUGCAACGCUGGCGUUGGCAGGUCUACAGCUGCUGUCAGUGGCUGGCUGAAGUACGUGAUGGGAUGGAGCCUGCGGAAAGUGCAGUACUUUUUGGCUUCCCGGAGACCGGCUGUCUACAUUGACGAGGAAGCUCUGAAUCGUGCUGAAGAUGAUUUCUACCAGAAAUUUGGGCAUCUUCGUUCCUCAUGCAAAGUUCAAGAGUAGAAAAGCAGGAGAGGAAAAGGAAGGUGAAGAGGAAUCCUACGUUUGAACCCCAAGGACUUAGAAAUCAUGAGUCAGACACCUGCCUCUCUUUUUGAGAUUAUAAGCUUGUCAUAACAGUCAUGAGAAUUUUGUUAAAAAAGUGCCUUUGAGGGGUUUUUAUUUGCUUUCUUUAAGCUGAUAUGAGUCAAGUUUUCAAGCGUUUUGCUGCAAGUAUGAGACCUAGAAACUCCGCAAAGGGAAACUAAGAUUUUCUUUUAACUAUUUGCCUACAGGAACUGAGGUUUUAGGGUAGACACUAAAUAAGAUGUGGUGUGAAAUAGUUAGAAUUGGCAAUAUUUCAGUAACGAGAAAGAGAAGGCAUUGUCAGAAAAACAGAUACAAAGGUUGACUGGAUUGAGGUUCAGGUUAGGAUGGAGCUGAUCAUCAUCAAAGCUGCUCAGUUAUUUUAGCUGGAGUGUACAUUAUUGAAGUGGUUUCUAGUAAUUUUGUAGACAAAUGAGAGACACCAGAAGGAAACUGAGUUUUCAAUAUAUGUUCAUCCAUAUUCAGCAUAACAGUGAAUUUGGACUCCAAUAAGAAGUUCAGCAUUUUUACUAACCAGAGAUAAACUGCUGAUUUAAUAAUCAAUCUUUUUGUCAUUUUGACAAAGUGGUUUUUUUUGUUAGGGUUUCCUUUUCUUGGUAUUUGUUAACUUAAAGUUGAUCCUCUUGGCCUUGAAAAGAAUACUUUCUGUGAUAUUUUUUACUUUUAUUUUGAGACACAGUUAUAGGUGUCCAGAGUAAGAAAGGAUAGAUUCUACCUCUGAGUAUGGCUGCAAAUUUUCAUUCUGAAGUUAGUUUAUAAAUGAAGUAUCCUCAUUUGAGGGAAGAAGAUGUAAGGUAAACAAGAAGUUUGUUGGCUGCAUCCACAGCAAUGAUAAUUCAUGGAAUGAGUUUUCGACUCAGUUUCAUAAACAAAAAGCUAAUGUCUAAUGCAGUGAAAUAAAAUUUGCUCUCUUUACCUAUCUAAUUAAUAUUAAAUAUUAUGAGUUAUAGCUAUAUUCUUUUGUGACAUUGGGAUUAUGCUGGGAUGUGGCAUGAAGAGAGGAAAUAACUCCGCUUACUGUAGUCUUACUCUGUUGCAGGGAAGAACUACUAUUUAUUACAUUAUCCUAGGCUGUGAGAUCUCUAAGUCAAAGAUACAUUUUGCUUUUCUGGUCUAUGCAGUGCUGUACAGUGGGCUCCCUAGGUGCCAAGUCAAUCUAAGCAAUAACCGCUGGGCUAAAAUAGGAUGUGUAGAAGCUGUGUGAUAAGCCUCUGGGCAUGACCGACACCACAGCCUCCCUGUUACUGACCUAAAUGAAUUUCUUCACUCCCAUGAAAGUCUCUCCUUCUUGCACAAGCAGUGUGUGGAUGUUCACAGAUGCUAGAUUUAGCCAAGUGAAGUGAAUAUAUUCCUGUAUAGGAACAAAGAGCAACUCUGAGGAGGGUUUCUCAGGAGGCUGGCCUCAGUAGGCUAAUGUUGGCUUUGUGGAUGAUCCCUAAUGUUUUCCAGUGCUGCUUAGUCCCUCAGUUAAACUAAGCAGUGGCACCAACACCUUCCAGCCCUGCUCAGGUAAAACCAAUUUGCUGUAGGUUAAGUCCAAGACAGAAGGGAGAGAAAGCAUUUCCUAAGGAACAGAGAAUUAAGGAUGCAUAAACAUUAAGAAACCUGAUUUCUAUAGGUUUGUUCUUCAGUAAAAUCUCAUUUUUUCCAGCCAACUUGUCCCUUUAAAGAACCAGAGUAGUUUAGCUGAUACACAUUGAUUAUCUGAAUACUUAAUGGAGAAACUAUUAGAUAUGAACUGUUUAUGGAGAAUGUCCAGAAUAAUAUAAUACGUUUUAUUUAUUACAUACUUCAAUCAUCUUCAAAAGGAAAAAUGUUUAUUUAAGUUAUUCUACAUGUGUGAUCUUGAUUAUGACUUUGUUUCUCAUUUUUCGCUUUGAAAUAACACUGCCUGCUUAGAAAAUGGAUGAGAAAAGUUCUCUACUAAAUAAAAGCAUAAUAACAA